UCUUCAUUUCUUCUAUACAAAAUAUCAAAAAUGAAUUGUCUCAUAAUAUAUAUAUAUAUAUAUAUAUUUUUGUUCUUAUUGAUGCUGUUUGUUUCUCUCUUGCCUUUGCCCUUCAGCUCAACCCACAAGCCCUUUUUGGGGGGUUUUGGCUUUUCUCUCUCCUUUCUCAAAUCAUCAAACUUCAUACUUCAAACAACAUCAUCAUCACCAAUCACAAGUUACAACUUACAAGAGGAAGAAAAAAAAAAUAAAGAAAACCCCAAUUCUAUUUCCUCUUAGAAAAGUCGAAUUUUUUGUUUGUGUUUUUUCCAUGGAAGAAGAUGAACUUUGUGUUUGCUCAUGCUUUUCCCAAUCCUUAUGCAACCCCUCAAGUUUUCUGAGCAAAUUUUGACCUGAAUUGGGGAUUCUCUCAAAUCAAAGCAUCUUUGACUAUAAGUCCAUAACUCAGAAACACAGGCCAAGUAGGAGAUUUAGGUCAGAUGGCUGAAAGUUGGCAUGGAAAUUAUGACACUGGUAGCCAGUCAGAUGACAGCUAUAAAUUUGAGAGAUUGCACAUUGAACCUAUUUAUGAUGCAUUUUUUUGCCCUUUAACAAAGCUAGUUAUGCGUGAUCCUGUUACCUUAGAAAAUGGGCAAACAUUUGAGCGCGAAGCAAUUGAAAAGUGGUUCAGAGAAUGCAAGGAGAGUGGAAGAAAGUUGGUCUGCCCGCUGACACUAAAAGAAUUAAAAACCGCUGAUCUAAAGCCUAGCAUAGCUUUGAGGAACACCAUUGAAGAGUGGAAUGCUAGGAAUGAAGCUGCUCAGCUUGAUAUGGCUCGUAAGUCAUUGAAUCCGAGCAGCUCAGAAAGUGAAGUUCUUUUGGCCUUGAAGUAUGUCCAGCAAAUCUGCCAGAAAAGCAGAUCAAAUAAGCAUGUUGCACGCAAUGCAGGGCUGAUACCCAUGAUAGUUGACAUGUUGAAGAAUGGCAGCCGUAAAGUAAGGUGUAAAGCUUUGGAAACCCUUAAAACCGUGGUGGAGGAAGAUUCAGAUAAUAAGGAAAUAUUGGCUGAUGGGGAUACUGUACGCACUAUAGUGAAGUUCUUGUCUCACGAGCAAUCCAAAGAGAGGGAGGAAGCUGUCUCUUUGCUGUAUGAGCUGUCCAAAUCUGAAGCCUUAUGUGAGAAGAUUGGUUCAAUUAAUGGAGCGAUUCUUAUGUUGGUUGGAAUGACAACCAGCAAAUCAGAUAACAUUUUGACUGUUGAGAAUGCUGAAAAAACUUUAGAGAAUCUGGAGAAGUUUGAGAACAAUGUGAGACAGAUGGCUGAAAAUGGUAGACUGCAGCCUCUUCUGACACAAAUUCGUGAAGGCCCUCCAGAAACCAAACUGUCCAUGUCUAAUUUCCUUGGUGAGCUAGUUUUGGACAAUGAUAUAAAGGUCUUAGUGGCUAAAAGUGUGGGUUCAUCUUUGAUCAAUAUCUUGAGGAGUGGUAAUAUGCAGUCAAGAGAAGCUACUUUGAAAGCUCUCAACCAAAUUUCAUCUUGUGAGGCGAGUGCCAAGGUGCUGAUAGAGGCAGGAAUACUUCCGUCUCUGGUCAAAGAUCUCUUUACUGUUGGGACUAAUCAGCUUCCUAUGCGACUGAAAGAGGUUGCUGCAACAAUUCUUGCUAAUGUCGUUAACUCAGACUAUGAUUUUGAUUCCAUCCUGGUUGGACCUGAUCACCAGACACUAGUCUCAGAAGACAUAGUCCAUAACCUACUACAUCUCAUUAGCAACACUGGCCCAGCAAUUGAGAGCAAGCUUCUCCAAGUUCUUGUUGGACUCACUCUCUCUCCUUCUACUGUUAUUAGUGUCGUUGCCGCCAUUAAGAGCUCUGGUGCCAUUAUUAGUUUGGUGCAGUUUAUUGAGGCUCCACAAAAGGAAUUGCGUGUGGCUUCCAUUAAACUUCUCCAGAACCUCUCCCCACAUGUUGGUCAGGAACUAGCUGAUGCCCUACGUGGCACAGUGGGCCAACUUGGCAGCCUAAUUAAAGUCAUAUCAGAAAAUAUUUCAAUCACUGAUGAACAAGCAGCAGCCAUCGGCCUCUUAGCUGAACUUCCGGAGAGGGAUCUAGGCCUCGCCCGGCAGAUGCUAGAUGAUGGUGCCUUUAAGCUGGUGUAUUCCAGAGUAGUUAAGAUCCGGCAAGGGGUGAGUAAGGGCGGUCGCUUUGUGACACCAUUUCUAGAAGGACUUGUACGGGUUCUAGCAAGGGUUACACUUGUGUUAGCUGAUGAGCAAGAUGCAAUUGCACUGUGUCGUGAGCUUAAUCUUGCUGAACUCUUCAUUGAACUUCUACAAACCAAUGGACUGGACAAUGUACAGAUGAGUUCUGCCACAGCAUUGGAGAACUUAUCACAAGAAUCCAAAAAUUUGACAAGAUUGCCUGAGUUGCCUGCACCCGGUUUUUGUGCCUCAAUCUUUCCGUGUUUUAGCCAACAACCUGCCAUAAAUGGAUUGUGUCGGCUCCACCGCGGGACAUGUUCACUUAAAGAAAGUUUUUGUCUCUUGGAGGGAAAGGCAGUGGACAAAUUGGUGGCUCUUCUUGACCACACAAAUGAGAAGGUGGUUGAAGCAGCACUUGCAGCACUCUCUACUUUGUUGGAUGAUGGGGUUGAUAUCGAACAAGGUGUUAUGCUGUUGUGUGAGGCAGAGGGGGUGAAACCUAUUCUUGACGUGCUAUUAGAGAAACGGACAGAGAACCUGAGGAGGAGGGCAGUCUGGGUAGUUGAGAGACUAUUGCGGAGUGAUGAGAUAGCGUAUGAAGUUUCUGGAGAUCCAAAUGUCAGUACUGCACUUGUAGAUGCCUUCCAGCAUGCUGACUAUCGAACCCGACAGAUUGCUGAACGUGCCCUGAAGCAUGUUGACAGGUUACCAAACUUCUCUGGUGUCUUUCCAAACGUAGGAUAGGCAUCUUCCACUGGUUGUAUUGUUAUGGUUUGCCAAGCUGCAAAUGGAGGGUAUAUAUUGUAUACUGAUUUUUCAUUUGUUUUGAAAGCUGUUCAUUGUUUCUAAGGAUGAUUUGUCCAUCAACUUUCUGUUCUGCUCAUGAACUGCCUUUUGUGUGGCAUUUGUUUUUGUGUAGCAUUUGGGUAUUAAAUUCUAAAUUUGUUUUAUGCUUUCUAAGAUAA